AUGGGAAAUAAUAUUCCCAAAGAUGCUAGUUUCGAAUAUCAAAUUAUUAAUAAAUCUGGCACUAUCUCCAUUACAUAUGAAGAUUUACAAGGUAAUUUCACAUUUCCAAAGAUGCCAAAUAAAAAAACUAUUGUUUUAGAAGAGUUUCGUAAAUUUUUGGACGAAAUUAUUUUACUUCCAACAGACAAACAUAUAAUAGAAUAAUUACCUUUAAAAAUUAAAUGGAGAUUAGUUCAUCGACAUAAUAUAGAAAAGGAUAAAUUAGGUGAUUUGAUUCCACAUCUAGAGGAAUAGGAGAAAUCAGAAAUCUAACAUUUAGUAGAUGAAUGUGUUACUAAACCAUCUACAGUUGCGCUUCAAAAUUUGUAGAGAAGAUUGGAAGAUCCUCAAGAAAAUGAAUGGAAUCAAUUUCUUAUAUAUCGAGGGUAUUUUAUAUUAUAAAUUAAUUUAGAUUAUUUAAAUUAUUAGAAGUAUUGGAAUAAUGCGAAAUUAAUGCAAGAUCAUCAAAAAACUAUAAAUUAUGUGUAGCGUUUCUAAGAUUUUUUUAUUUUAUAAAUCAAUCAGAAUAAGCAAGUGAUGAUUUGGCUUCAAUACCUGGAGCAUUUAGGAUAAUAUUUGCUAAUUUUCAUCCUGUUCAUAUUGAAAUGAGUUGUUUAGUUUUGGAAAUCUUUGCUGGAGAGAAUGGAUUAAUUUAUAAAGAUAAUGUUGAUGAUAUUUUAGAAUCCUUUGCAUUUUAUCGUAAAGAUCAUUCUCUCAAAUAUAGACUUGAAAUAUUUGUAAGAACUAUUUAUCAAUCAGAUAAUAUUAUGAUGGUAGUAAAUAUUUUAGGUUUUUUACGAAAUAUUUAACCUCAUAUAAAAAAUGAAUUAGAAUCUUCAGUUAUUUCUCCUUAUAACUUUGCAGCUAUUCUUAAAUUAAUUGAAUAAAGAAUUAAUGAAUAUAAUAUUGACGCUUGCACAUAUGAGUCUAUUUAAAAUAAAUUAAUUAAAUACUAGAGUAUUGAUCACUUCUUCAAAAAAAAGUCACCUUUUGUAAAGAAUCCUAUUUUUUUAAAUGAUCCCCCUGAAGAUUAAUCAAAAUCUGAAAAUACUUAAAUUACUCAUAUACCUUAAGAGAAUGAAGCUUAAUUUUACUUAGAGAAACAUGAUGAAGUUUCAUUCUAAUUAUAAUAAUAGAGUAUUAAUUUAGAUUAUUUUAAGAUCUAUUGUAAAUCAUUAAAGAAAUUCGUAAUUUUGAAUAUGAUUCUGAUAGAAAGCCUACUAAAAUUAUAGAAUUUUCAGAUUAAAAACUUUUUGAUAUAAUUAAAUAACAAUCUUUAUUGAUGGAUUCUUAUGGGAAAUUCUUAUCUAUUCUAAAUUUUCUGUCAAAUAUUAAGAUUCAUGAUAUGUGGGAAUUAAGUGAAUAAUCUCUUCAAAGAUUGUUAAUAGAUGAAGAAGAUGAUGAAAUAAUAGAAAUUCCAAAACAUGAUAAAAUUAAUGAAGAUUAUGAAAAAGCUCAGUAAUAAAUAAGAGAUUUAGAAAAAUAAAUAAAAUCUAUUUUCUAAGGUUAGAAAUAAGCAUAAAUGUAGUAAAUUUAAAAAGAAUAAGAAGUAAUUAAAUUAAAUGAAAAGAUUACCUAAGCAAAUUAAUUAUAAUAAGAAUAUAUAAAUUAAAAUGAUAAAUUAAGUAAAGAAUUAGAAACUUUAAAAGCUUAAACAAUUUUAAAAGAUGCAUAAUGUAUAGAAUUAUUAAAAGAAAUAGAGAAAUAUAAAAAUGAAAUAAAAAAUCUUGAAAAAUAGAAAUCAUAAAUACUAACUUCAAAUACAUAAAUACCAAUAUAAUCUCUAAAUAAUUAAUAAAUAGCUCCUCCUCCAUCUCUAAUACUUCAACCCCCUCCAAUUAAAUCUGUUCCUUUACCUCCACCUCCACCACCUCCAAAAAUAGCACCUCCUCCUCCACCACCUCCUCCUAUAAAAUAAGGUCCUCCACUUCCACCACCUCCUCUAAAUGCUCCUCGUCCACCUGGAGGUCCUCCACCACCUCCACCUAAUUCUAAUAAUAAAAUUAAUGGUCCUCCAUAAUUUCCUCCUCCUAUUGGUACUCCUUAAACAACUGGAGGAUAAGCACCUCCUCCACCUGCUUUUGGUGUACCUAUACAAUCAUAAACUUAAAACUCAAAAAUUAAAUAAAAUCCUAAUGUCCCUAUGAAACCUGUCUAAUGGACAAUCAUUACACAAAAAACAUCAAUUAAAGAUACUAUUUUUGAAAAUAUUAAAGAUUUAGAUGUUAAAUUAGAUAUUUAAUUUUUAGAAAAAGAAUUCUCAAAAAAAUAAUAACUACAAUAAACAGAUAGUAAUCCUAAAUAAUAAUAACCUCUUCAAUCUUAAAAAAUAUCUCUUAUAUCACCUGAAAGAUAAAAAAAUAUGGAAUUAGUAUUAAUGAAAUUAAAAUUACCUCCAAAUCUUAUUUUUGAAGCACUAAUUAAAUGUGAUGAAAAAAUACUUACAUUACCAACAUUAGAAAGUUUAGAUGUAAUUACACCUACUGAAGAUGAAAUUGGAACUGUCUAAAGUUUCGAUGGAGAUAAAGAAUUACUUGGUAAUCCUGAAAAAUACAUAUUAAAGAUUUCUCAAUUAAAAGGAUUCUCUUUAAGAAUUAAAGCUCUUAAAUUCUCUUGUCAAUAUAAAGAAUAUGUCAAUGAUCUAGAUUUUUAAAUUACAUCUCUUGAUGUCUUUAAUGAUUUACUUAAUAUGGUUUGGGUUACUUAAUUAAUUGAGUUUUCAUUAGCAGUUGGAAAUUAUCUUAAUGGUUAAUCUGCUAAAGGAGGAGCUUGGGGAUUCAAAUUAGAUCAAAUAGAAAAAUUAACUGAUGUUAAAGGAUAAGAUAAUAAAACUAAUGUUCUUUAAUAUAUUAUUAAGUAAAUCAAAUUUAAUGAAGAAAUUGAUUUAGAUAAAUUUGAUAUUAUAACUAAAUUACCCAUUACUCAACUUAAUACCAAUUUAACAGAAAUAAAAAAAGGACUUAAUGUUGUUACUAAAGCCAUUGAAUCAAAAUCUAAUGAUGAAAAUGAUAAAAUUGUAGAUACUUUAAAAGAUGUUCAAUCUAAAUUGUAAGAUAUGAUUAAGGAUCUAGAAUUAAAAAUAUAAAAAUUAGAUACUGAUUAUAAAAAAACAGCUAAAUAUUUAUGUGAAAAUCCAGUUGAUCCAAGUGAUAAAUUUGGAGAAAAAUUCAUUAAAUUUUUAAGAUGUAUAAAAUAGUAAAGAGAUAAAAUUAGAGAAGAUCAACUUAAACAAUAGAAAUUACUAUAAUAACAAUAAUAAAAUACAAAAAAAUAACAAGAAUAACAAUAAUAAUAAUAAUCAUAAAAGAAUGAUCUUGUACCAACUUCUAUGAAAAGUUCAUAAACUAAAACUUAAACCAAUAAAAUGGUUAUACGCUCGAGUAUUUUGUAAGCGUAGAGACCAAGCAUGACGAUGAAUAACUUGAGAAAAAAAAGUUAAUUCUAAAAAUUGAUUGGUUGA